AUGACGUCUACAUCUCGCGCCGCGCAAGAGCAGCUCGCUCUGCUGGAAAAGCAAGCAGCCCCAUUCGGGGACCAACUUGUCGAAGCAGCGAAAUUUAUUGGAGUCGGUUUGGAUACUAUUCAGAAAUGUAGGAAUGGUGGAGAAGAAGGAGCGGAGGACCGGAAAUCCGUCGCAUACCACGGGAGAGAGGAAUGGCUGCUCAGAUGGUUACUGAAGAGACUACAAGCCCCCAAGGACGAUGUCCCAAGGACAACUCCUUCAUCGUGGAGAUUGCUCCAGUAUCUAGUACGGAGCGUUCCUCUGCCGACUGCAGCUGGGAUUCUUGUUGAGCGACAACUCAUAGCAAUCAUCCGACGGACGUUGGAGGAUGCAAAAAAGGCUGGAGGCAGUGUUAUGAUGUCGCAUUCGGCAUCGGAUUCGAGUGCAACGGAGCAGGGGACUGUGAAGGUGUCCAAGAAACGGAGAAGGAAUGGGGACUUGGUCACCAAGCCCGGCAACCAAGAGAGCAACGGGCUCCCGGCCUUACUGGAUGCCAUAUUCUCAGCAUUGAAUAUCGUGGUGCAGUACACGAAGCCGAUUGGAGAGGAAAGAAGCACCGAGUUCUCGGCAGAGUAUAUGAAGACGGUGCUCAGAACUUCGGCUGAGGAAGCAGCUACGGUACUGGGCUUGUGGCUAUCCCUCUGCAGCAGAGCUCUACCACUUCCGAAAGACCUUGUUUCUUCGGGAUCCUGGCUCACGCCGUUCAUUGAGGUCUGGAACUUGCAUACUUUAGACGAGAGUCCUCAUCUACAGUUUUCUCUCUAUGCCACCCAGCCGCUGUUACUCCUACUUGGAGCGUUGAAGAGUGGAUCACCCGACACCGAUUUACCCUCCUGGAUCGGACAAUUGGAAAAGCUCAUAGCACAGAAUAUUGUGGUGCCAGCGAAAGGGAAUCCAGAGCUGCUGGAAAUGUUGACAAAAGCUCCUGUGCUCCAGAACUUCGAUAAUGCACCGUUACUACUCGAGGUGGCUACUCGGUCUAUACGGCCAACUGGAUCUGCAAGAAGACGAAAAGCCCAAGAUCAAGUGUUUCUACAGUCUUUCUUCGCCUCGCUAAAAGAGACGAUGUCUCAGGCCGCUGGGGACAAUGGGAAACAGAUUCGUGCGAUGCUGAGGCUGGCAAUCGAUCACAAGCUAGGCUUGGACGUUGCAGUUUUGAGGUCUAUCGCAGAAGUCACCAAAACCGAUUGGGACAUCUUGGCUACGCUGAUUGAGCUAGAUGCAAAUGUGUUCCUGGUACCAACAGACGGCAAGGAUACGCCAUUGCUGGAUAACCUGCUCGAGGGAAUCACAGAGAUCUCAAAUUCCCAGGUCUGGCCGGAUAAUCGGGAGAAGAUCGUUUCGACGAUUUUGAUACCGGUGAUUCGAUCUUUCGCCAAGGCCAGAGAUCUCUCGGGCUUCAUCCGACAUUGGUUCUCGCAACUUGUUCAAAGCCACCAACUUCAUGGAGACAUUGGGGUUGGUUUUGGAGCUUGGGAGGACGAGAACCUCCUCGCUGAAUUUGGGACUCUUCUACAGGUCCAUAUGGAGCCCAAGCAGUUGUUGACUGUUCUUGAGGGGCUGGAAAUGAAAGCCCACCCAAAUGCGGCGGUUGUUAUAUUGGAGGCCAUCGCUGGAGCAAUUGACGGAGAGGAGCGAUGGGUGGAUCAAGUCCUAUCUCAAUUGCAUCACAUCAUAUGGAACAGUGGCGUGGAAUCUGGACUCGUACAUCGAUACGGUUUCCGGUCCUGGAGGAUCUUGUCACAUGCUAUGUGCUGGAUUGAAGAUAGGCAUAUUGUAGAACUCUCAGAGCUCUGGGAAAAGAACGUAGCACCCUUCGACUCCGUUUCCAGGAUCUCGACAGCCAAGAGCCUCAUUGAUGAAUCCGGAAAAGGCCAGCUUGAAGCUCUCGAAGUCUUUAGGUUUACUUGCUCUGCAUGGACUGCAAGGAUUAGAGAGGACGGAAAUCGGAUAGAAGAAUUGGACAAGCCAGUCCUGCUUGGCCUCUUCCGUGCUCUGGCUCGAGACAUCAAGCGGUUCACUGAUGAUCUGCGGAAAAAUAAGGAUUUGGGAGAUGAGAUAUGUGGCUCGAAGCAGAAUACUUUGAGCAGAGGUAAAGGCUGGCUAAUCUGGUCAUUCGUCCGAUGUUUGUUUGUCGACCACCCAGACGUACUGGUUUUGUUCUUCGAAUCGGAAGAAACUCUGUUUGUAGAGAUGUUGGAGCAAAUCUUCUGCAUAGCUUCUGCUAGCGACUCCGGCAACAACCCCAAACCUUCUAGCAAGUGGCUUCAGCGAAACCCAACAGCAUUCCCUGAUCUUUGGAGACAUUCAUUACGCGGUGGAGCAUCUGUCUUGAGAACCAGUAUUCCACAGAAUCCCGAAAAUCCGGUCUUCAGUCAUAGAGGGCUUCUCAAAACUUUCGUCAAUACUUUAUUGAAUCACGAGACAAAUCUGAGAAACCCUCUCAUCAACAGUCCCGGUAAUGAUGUAUUCGCCGUGCGUAGUCUGUUGGAGUUGACAAUUGAUGAGAUUCCGAAGGAAUGCAGAGGGCGAAUCAUGUCAGGUUGGCUACCGCGGGAUGAGGAAUCGGAAGCCAGUGAACCCCAACAGAUUUCUUAUGGCUCUACCGUUCUUCACCAAGAUGUUCUUGCAUUGAAGAGAAAGGUUAUGCGUAUACCCAAGCUCUAUGAGGGCAUGAGAUUCCAAGAAUUCAUUGAAUUUGCUGAGACUCUAGCCAAGUCUGGUAUCCCAGGAAGGCUUCAUAACUUGGCGUCUCUGAAAGAGCUGGCCAGGUUGACAUUUGUAUCUGCUCUCCAAAAUCCUGACCAGCCUCGAAGCAAGACCUUUCUCUCUGACACUUUCAAGAGCAUACGAAAGAGGCUUGCCAAAGCCAGUGAGAAGAAGAAACAUCGACUCCAUUUCGCCCUCAUCGCAAUUUUCGAAGUAGCUCUCAGCGCUUUCCGCGAAAAGGCGACUGUUUUACAAGGCGUCGAUACCAUCUCCCAGGAAGACCUUCACAGCGUCACUACUUCGUUCAACAACGGUAUCUUCGUACGAUUGGAGGACGUGCUCCAGAAGUCCGAAGGGUGGCCUGAGGAUGACUGCCUCCUAGUCCUCAGCAUCAUCGAUGCCCUGUCCACACUCGGAGUGGAGAAGCCGCGAUUGGCAGGAUUGGAAGUAUCGAAUUUUGUUAGCAAUGCGGAUCCCCACUAUGGGGAGCGACUUGCUACUUUCAUUUUCGCUCACGGUUCUGAAGAAAUUGGGCCAGAGCAGCUGGAAGGCGAUGUGGCCAGACCCUUUCCGAUUCGGGAAAGAACGAGGUCGGCCGUUUCGGGAAAAAGCGAACAAGAAAAGCUCGAUAUACUGCGGGAUAUCCUUGACGCGGGCUUAGAGCGAUUGGAUAAGCUCUUGGUGGCGAGGGAGUUGAUCAAGUCGGUUGAAGAUACCCAGAAGCCUAAGGACGAUAAGGCCACUGAGGCAUUUGACCUCACUGAAGGGUACAAUAUUCUAGCCACCUUUCUACCUCAGUGCACAAACAUUCGGCAAUUCUAUAUGAUCAGCGAAACCCUCGAGCUGAUACUCAAGACUAAACCGAAGAGUAUUUCCCAAUUCAGCAUCGACGCGACCCUGGGCAGCAUCAGCAUCUUCUGCUCACCGGAGAGCCCCGAUCUCUAUCCCAUCUACCUACACCUCUGCACCCUCGUGCGCACGAUCCUCACCCACCACCGUAUCAAGCUGAAGGGCCACUCUCAUCUCCUCCAGCAAACACUACAAGCCCUCCUCCGCUGCCUGUUCAACCCCCUACCGCACAGCACAGCGAAAACAGCACGUUUUAACCCCCGUCCAACAUGGCUUCUUCCCAAAACUCGUCAGCUCGGCGCCAGAGAGGCCGAAGCCUUCAACAGACUCCUCCUCUCCAUCAGUGAUCCCACCGUCUCGGCGGUCCAAGGCCAUUCCAGCACUCUGACAUCUGAGAAAGACAAGGCGAAGCGGAUCUCGGCGCAGUAUAUGAAAUUCGUGUUGGAAGAUUACAUACGCGGACAGUUGGAAAUGCGAAUGACACCAGAUGUCCGGGAGGCUUUGAUGCCUGGUCUGUACGCCAUCCUGAACACGUUCUCAGAGGAAACUCGGAACGCUGUUAGUGCCGAGAUGGAUGGUAGUGGGAGAGCCGUCUUCUUCCGCCUGUGUCACGACUGGAGGAAGUUUGAGAAGCCUAGACGAUGA